UUAUAAGCCAUGAUGUAUGGAUCUGCUCUCACUCCUGGGCCUGGUAAGGGAAAAGACAGGCCAACUGACGAGAGGAUCCAAUCUCAGAAACCUGAGCAGAAAGAUGAAGCUGUUAUCGCUGGUGACAGUAGUUUGGCCCUGAGGGACAAUAAGCUGCUCCCGGAAGAGGAUAUAGAGGAUAUAGUGAGACAGAUAAUGGACGAGCUGCUAAGCAAUGUAAUGGAAAGGUGUUAUGAAUUAGACAUUAAAAGACAGCUUGUACCCUACACUUUAUACUGGGCCAAGAACUACCUCAUAAACUCUGUUGAGAGCCAAAUCCAACACUUGGAUGAAGGGGAGAUGCCAGAAGAGUUGUGUGAAACAGAAGACUGUGAGCCUCUGCCAGCUAUUCCAGAUUGCUGUGCCCAAAGAUGUGUGCCAACAAUAUAUGUAGGAACUUAUUUCACCUCCCAGCAGGUCAUCAGUGACAAGGUUCCAGCCCAGACAGAGCCAGGUCUCUUAAAACAAUCCGAAGCUGUUUUCUCAAGAGACUGUGCUCCUAAGCAGGAGGAAAGUGAAAGAAAACCCAGAAAAGAAGAACUUGACUCCUCUUUUGAUGUGACCGGUACAUGUCCCCCAGCAACUCCUCACCGAAAGAAGACCCCUCAAGUGAAUAAAGGCCCCAAAUAUGCUCCGAGAAAACAACUGACAAAAGCUGUCAGUUCAACAGAGAAAAUUGAUGUAGGGGUGAAAGAUAAAAACAGAGAAAGUGUUGCUUGUAAAGAUGAGACUGCACCAAGAUAUCCCCCAAAAGAGCCUCAACCAAUACCAAAGCUGGAUCCACGGAGUUUGCCUCGACACCGUACUGUUCUGCAAUAUGAGGUUUUAGACGACGACCCAUCAAAACCCAGACCAAGAAAAACUGGACCAAAAUCAAACAAGUAGCAAACUGGGAGCUCCCUCAGAAAACCUUGUUUCUAAGAAUUUCUGGGGAAAUCUAGAAUCUCAACUAGAAAGGUUUUUGAAGAAAAACUGACGACAGCCAUGUUGCCCUUGAUCCGCCACCUCUAGUCAACAAUACACAAUACCAGACUUAAGAUUGAAGGAUGCAUAUGUCUGUAAUGCAUACAAAGCAACACUCUAAUUCAGUAAUGUAGUAAGUUUAUUUCCCAUGACAUUGCAUAUUAUUAUAGUGUUAUGUUGACUGACAAGUCUGUACAUAUACGCCCUAAGACUAA